AUGGGUAUACUUAAAAAGUUAAAUUGUAGUCAAUGGAAAAAGUUAGAAUUAAAAGGAAAUUUAUGCAAUUCACAAAUGCCUACAUCUAUUUCAUCUGAUAUUUUAGAUUCAUAUCAUAUUCCCUUUAACAAUGAAAUAAUGAAAGAUACGAAGGCUACACAUAAUUAUUAUUUAUCCAAAAUUGGGAAAUUUUUACAUAAAACGAAUUUGAGAAUACGUUUAAAUAAUAAAUUGUAUAUGAGUUUUAUUGUAUCAAUUAUUAUUUUUUUUCUUCAGUCUGUAAAUACAGCUGAAAUAUAUAACCAGCAACUGAGUAUAUUUAAUAGGUUUUGUAAUGAAAUUUCUAGAAAGUGUAUAAUACCAUUUACGGAUGAUGAAGAUGGAAACAAACUUUGUGAUAAAAUAAAUUUUAGAUGUAAAAAUCUUCCUGCUCCGCUUCCUGAGAUGUUAGAAACAAAAUAUUUAAUAAUAAUGUUUUCUGUUAUUUUCAUCAUUUUAUUUUUUACGGCCUUUCUUCUUGGAUUAAAUUGUAGAAAGCGUAAAUUUGGAAGAGGUAGACAUGGAUAUAGACCACUAGAAAGUAAACAAAUAGAUAGACUUGCAAAUUUAGAAGAUGAAGCUUAUGGAUCUACAGAAAGUUUGAUUGAUUGA